GCAGAUUCCCUGCACACAGGUCCCAGAUGGAGAGCGGCGGCGGCAGACGUCUCCGAGGGGAGACCAAGCCCAGGCUCCCGCUUGCCAGCUGUCUCUCCAAAGGGAGGGCGAUGUAAUUGGGUUGGGGGGGGACGACUCCAGUACCCGUUGAAUGGCGGCGCCUAGACACCUGUCAUUGGUUUCGCGGGGAGAUUUAAUCUAGCGCAGAGCGGAUCCCGCACCCGACGAGAUCCUUGAGUCCCGGGAAUCUGGGAGUGCGCGGGGGAGGGGGGGGGUCCACACGUGCUGUAGCUUCGCUUGCCCGAGCCUGCCUUGUCUGGGCGACUUAGUUACCAUCAUGAAGGAGACCAGAGAGUCCAAGGAUCAGCAGCUCACGGUGGCACUUCGCAUACGGCCAAUCAGCAUGGCAGAGCUGGAAGAAGGAGCCACACUCAUUGCUCACAAAGUGGAUGACCAGAUGAUUGUGCUAAUGGACCCAUUGGAUGAUCCUGAUGAUGUGCUCCGUGCCAACCGGUCACGAGAGAAAUCCUAUCUGUUCGAUGUGGCCUUUGAUUUUGCUGCUACUCAGGAAAUGGUCUAUCGUGCCACCACUAAAGGACUCAUAGAAGGGAUCAUCUCUGGAUACAAUGCAACCAUUUUUGCCUAUGGCCCAACAGGCUGUGGAAAGACCUACACCAUGCUUGGCACUGAUCAUGAGCCUGGCAUUUAUGUCCAGACACUCAAUGACCUCUUCCAUGCGAUUGAGGAGACCAGCAAUGACAUGGAGUAUGAAGUGUCCAUGUCCUAUCUGGAGAUUUAUAAUGAGAUGAUCCGAGACCUCCUGAACCCUUCCUUGGGCUACCUGGAUCUGCGUGAGGAUGCUAAAGGUUUCAUCCAAGUGGCCGGAAUCACAGAAGUCUCAACCAUCAAUGCUAAGGAGAUAAUGCAGUUGUUGAUGAAGGGCAAUAAGCAACGGACACAGGAGCCGACAGCAGCCAACCGAACAUCCUCACGUUCCCAUGCAGUGCUGCAGGUCACCGUGCGCCAGAAGAGCCGCAUCAAAAAUAUUAUGCAGGAGGUGCGCAUAGGCCGACUCUUCAUGAUUGACUUAGCAGGCUCAGAGCGGGCUUCUCAGACACAGAAUCGUGGGCAGCGUAUGAAGGAGGGCGCUCACAUCAACCGGUCUCUGCUGGCUCUUGGCAAUUGCAUCAAUGCUCUCAGCGACAGGACAGGCGUCAAAUAUGUUAAUUACCGGGACAGCAAGCUUACUCGCCUUCUAAAGGAUUCUCUAGGUGGGAACAGCCGUACUGUCAUGAUUGCUCACAUCAGCCCCGCAAGUAGUGCUUUUGAGGAGUCACGCAGCACCUUGACCUAUGCUGAACGUGCUAAGAACAUCCGCACCACGGUGAAGCGCAACCAUCUGAACGUCUCCUACCACAUUGCUCAGUACACAAGUAUCAUUGCUGAACUCCAUCGUGAAAUUCACCGGUUGCAAUGCAAAAUUGAGCAACAAGAGCCCCGUCCAAUGCGGUCGGACAUCCGGAGUAUUCAAGCUGAAGUACAGCUCCGUGGGAAUCACUUUGAGAGGCAGGAGAUGGAUCAGCUCCGGGAACAGCUGAUCAACACCUUUCGGGAACAGAUGGAUGUGCGUCGCCACCUCAUGGAGCUGGAGAAUAAUUACAUGGAGAUACAGAUUGAGAGCUCUCGCCAUCUCCUUACCAUUGCUGAUUGGGAACAGGAGAAGACACGUCGAGCACAAAAGUGGCGAGAGGAGCAAAGAAAAGAAAGUUACAACAAAGAUGAAAACGAGAAGGACUCUGACACUGGGGAUGAACUCUCGGAUGUGCCAGAGCCACAGGAAGUGGCAGCAGCUCGGGAACACAUCGCUAUUCUCCUGGGGGAGCAGGAUAAACUUCAUAAGCAGAAGGUGUCAAAAGCCGAGCUGGAAAGGCGCUUCUGGGAAAUACGGCAGCGUGGGCAGCGGCUAGAGGAGACCUUGCCGUGGUGCAUUAGCUCAGAAGAGCAGAGGGAGGUUCUGAGUUUGCUGUGUAAGGUACAUGAACUGGAAGUGGAGAAUACAACCGUACAGUCGAGUACGUUUCUCAAGGACAACUUCAUCCGUCAUCAGGAGAGAGCUGUGCAUCGCUUUGAGCGCUAUCGCAGCCUUUGUCACCGCAUCAUCCAAGAACAACGACAUAUAAUUCAUGAGUCUCACCUAGUGGUGCCAUCCCAUCUGGAGGAACUGUAUCAGGUUUACUUGCAUGAGCUGGAAGAAGGGGCCUUAGAUCGAAUGGCAGUCAUGGAUCAAGCAACUGUUAGAGCUCUUAAGGAGACUUCUGUGCCAAAGCUUCCCCAGCUCCUUGCAGAAAACAUUCUGGACUCGGACCAAGAGAGCGUCAAGACGUUAGGUUCUGAGGGUCAGCAGCUGCCUUGGCGGGAUUCUCGGAAGACUACCCUCCCACCCCUUGUUCCAGCAUCAGACAGUGAAGCAGUUCAGGUGUUCAAGGCGAGUUCUCGGGCUCGGCAGAUGAAGCAUUCAGCCGUGAUGAAUCCACCCCCUAUCCAUGUCAAUGGCAUGAUCACUCAAGAGUAUACACCCCAGGAAAGUUUGCUUAUCCUGGGCAGCCACCAGAAUUCUUCCCCUGACAGCAGCGAUCACUGUUCUGAUGGCAUCUUGAUGCAUGGAGACCACAAGGAGAUGGCGAGUGGCAUCAAAAACAUUGCGGUGAAGGCUGCCCGGCGCCGUUCACGAGUGCUGGAAUCCGACAGGCUGAACCUGCUGAAGCCAACCAAGGAGCUCAGCAACCUCUCCCUCCACUCUCUCAGUGAAAGCGAGGAUACCCUCUGCCGGGAAACCCCUGCCCUCUGCCAGCCCGCCAGUCCCAGCCUGCAACAUGCCAUCAGCGAGGACAAUCUAUCAAGCAGCACCGGGGAUACUGCUCCUGGGAGACACGUCCCCAGACGCUCCCCUGGUCCCUGGCUCCGGGUUAACCAAAAGGGAAGCAAGAAAAUGGAGAAGAGGGAAGAAUCACUAGAGGCCAAGAGGAGGAGACGGCGGUCGCGCUCGUUCGAGGUUACUGGCCAGAGGCUCCAGGGCCCAAAGAACAAUGCCUCUCGACGACAUCCCCUGGAAAGCAGUUCUGAGCACAAGAUAACGGCAGCAGGAGGGAUGCACAAUGUCCGUGGCAUUGGAAGAGCUUCCGUGCAGUUGUCCAGGGUGAGGCUUCUACAAGCCCAGCCUUCCUCAGGUCCCAGCGAGGCCUCCUCUCUUUCUGUUGCUUCCCAUCAAAGUGGCGUCUCCAAGAAAAUGAGCCAACCCAGUCAAUACCCUCCACGCUUGAACUAUGUCACAGUGAAUGGGACAAACCCUCCUGGCAAAGAUGGGAAGAACCGGCGAUGUUAAGCUCUGAAGGGACACAGGGAAGUUGAGAUGCUCCAGGGAGGUGCAUUGGAUGGCCAGUCAGGACCCUGUGGCUAAAGGCAUUAGAGGGAAAUAGCUAACCUGAACAGAAGGCCUACAAGCUUGCCUGGUAGGGUUGCUGUGCUGCUGCCAAGAGGAUUUUUCUGGCCACAAAAAAACUUUUAAUCUCCAGGACUAGGUUCCCCCAAAUUGAAAUGAGUAGUUGUCUGGAUGAGUGAUGCAGAAGGCUAUCACCAAAUAUAUCCAGUGCUGUAAUACCAAGAGAGUCGUGGAAGAUCGGUCAUUGUGCAAGCACAACUCUUUAGUUUUUAAACUAUGUGUUAGAGGAGGACACAGUGCCACAGCAUUGGUGUAACCUGUCAAUAAGAGGAUAUGCUGUGUGCAUUUGCUGUACUUUUGCAUCAUUCUAAGGCAAAUAAUUUCAAUAUAUUUAACUAUAUAUAUA